AUGAUAUGGAAACUGUGGAUUCUGCCACUCGCAUAUCUUCUGGCCUCCACCGAGGGCUCCUUCGACUCCUGCGACUUUUUGCUGGAGAACGAAGUUCCAUUCACACUGGCCUGCAAAGCCGAGUACAGCAACGACCUCAAGUUAAACUACCGAGACAUUUGGCUCAAGGCCGACGUGCCCUACUUUCUGUGGUGGAGGCGACAGCCAACUCUGGAGCUGCUGGUCUCCUUCUACGAGUCCCCCAUCUCGCCCUGCAAGAACGUUAGUCUGAGCCUCAACUGCCUUCACUGCUCCGACUCCGAGGAGCCCGGCAUCCACAUCCGUCCCGAGGGCAUCCACUGUUUCGACUUCACCUUCUCCUAUGUGCGGCAGCUGAUGAGGCACUGUGGCCUGUCCCCCGAAUCGAAGCAGGAUGCCCACGUGGCCAUCCACUACGCGAGGCGGGUUCCCAAUCGGGAUGCCCCUUCUUCGGCCAAUCGCGUGCUGAGGAUCCUUUGGUGGUAA